GCCCGGCUGCCCGCCUCCCUCCCUCCCUCUAUAUCCUCCCCUCCGCCACCGCCCCCCCUCUCUCUCCUCAGCUCACCAGACGCCGCCGCCGCGAACGACGAAUCCUCAGCCUCCCAGUCCCAGCCCAGAUGUUCCUCGCCGACAAGUACAGGUCGCUGCUGCCCUCCUCCCACCAGCAGCCCCACUCCAAGCCCAGCCGCCGCCGCCAGCAGCAGCAGCAGCUGCUGCAGCAGGAGGGGGAGGCGGACCGGUUCGGCGCGGCGCGCCUCGGGAGCCUGCUUCCUUUGCCGGCCUCCCCGCUCGCGGCGCUCGCGCGGGUGGCCGACGUCCUCGCGCUCACGCUCGCCGACGCGGGCCCCGCGCUCGCCGGCGCCGACCCUGCCGUCGCCGCCCACCUCGACGCGGGCGUCGCGCUCCUCGACGCCUGCAACGCCAUAUCCGCGGGCCUCGACCGCCUCCGCAGGCGCCUCCUCCUCGCGCGCCUCGCGCUCCACCUCGUCCUCUCCCCCUCCCCCUCCGGGGGGCGAGCACGCGCGCGCGCGGCGCUCGCGGACCGCGGCGACCACCCGGCGCCGUCCCCGCUCCCUUCGCUCCCGUUCGAGCAGCCCCGCGGGCGGCUCUCGGCCGCCGCGCGCGUCCUCGCCGCCGUGGACGCCAUCUCCUCGCUCGCGGCAGCGGCCGCGGCCGCCGUCCUCGUCGGAGGACCCGUCACUUUCCCCCGGGUAUCCGGCGGCGUCGGCGACCUCCCCUGGGCGGAGCCGUUCAACGCGGUGUCCGGCCAGCUCGCGGCGCUCGGCGACGGCGAGGUGGCAUCGUUAGACGAGGCCGUCCGGAGGCUCGCGUCGGCGCUGGACGCCUCCGGCGAGGGUGCUGCCGACGACGAGGCGGCCGUGCGCGCUGCGGCGCAGGAGGCGGAGAGGCGCGCCGAGGAGGUCGCGCCGCUGCUGGACCACCUGUCUGACGCCGUCGGCGGCGUGUUCCGCGCCGCGCUGGGCCUCCGCAACGCCGAGGUGGACUCCUUCAUGGUGGGACCCGCGGGUAAGCCGUGUAGCACAUAACCGUCGCUUCGUGUGGACUACUCGUAGCUGUCUGUCUGUAUAGUGUAUACAGUAGUGUACUGUGAUAGGGGUACUGCUACAGCUCAGUGGAGAGUUGAGUCGUGCAGUGGAUCAGUGGAAAUCAUGUAUGUUAGUGUCAACGACGAGGAUGAGGCCACAGAUCAUACAUGCACUAGUUGCAUCAUCUUGGGUACGUGGCAUCCUGUGCUGUACGGGAAGGGGAGAACGUUGCAAUCUGGCCGUGCAGUUUCGCGGCACGUAACAACAACAGUAUGUGUGUAUAAUUUGUGGAGAA